AAUGUUCGAAAGUUUCUUUUUCCUGAAAAAAACCCCUUCUUGGAAGAUUCUACUGCCGAACUAGCCUCUGUUGGCUAUCGUUAUCGACUCUUUGAUUUGGGCAAUGAUAUUCGCGUUGUAAUGCGCUGCGAGGUAGAUGCCGUUCUCCCUGAUACUGGGACUAAGAAGAUUCCCCCGCAGUUUGUCUACAUCCGUGCUCUCAAUGAGUUUGACUCCAAGUGUUUCUUUAGUGAACUUGAGUGUCAUCAGAUUUAUCUCAACCAAUAG